CUUAAGCCGUGUCUGUUCGGGCAGUGGUAAUCCGGGUGGUCACCACCACGCAGGCAGGCAGCUGAUAGUAGCUGGCAUUGCCUGGGCAGCUUGUUGCUGGAAAGCACCUGGCCCUUUAGAAAUUAUGUGGUCUUCCCACAGUGGUUUGGCACUGGGAGUCUUGAGUUGUUGCACCCGUGAGGGUGGCACAAGUCGUUCCACACAGAGAGCAGAAGUUCAAGGCUGCAGCAGUGCCUUUCCCGGGUGCUCCUCCAAGGCAUUCACUCGGUGGAAGGCAGACUGAGAAGAGAAACUUAAAAUAAUUCCCUGUUUGUUUUCACUCUUGCAAACACAAAUCCCUCUUGCAACACUGGCAGUCUGGCCCCACUGCCUUAUACUUAUCAGAGAUGAACGGGAAGUGUCUCCUCCAGUGGCCCUGCUAGGGGAUGAAGGCUUGGGUCACCCUCAAUAUACUCUGAGAGGCAACUGCUGCUAUUGUGGUGCCCCUUUUGCUGACCCUAGGUGGUACCUCAGCUGAUCCAGUCUUUGAUGCAAUUUGGCCUUUGGGUUCAAACAUCUCUGCUGCUGUUCCUGCUCUUUGAAAUUCUCUCUCCACUUCUGGCCUUUCGUAUCUUGUUCUCCUUGCCAUAGUACCUAGGAAGCCUCUAGUUGUGUCCAUAAGCAUUAAUGUCUGCUUUGAGGUUUGACAUGAUUCCAUAACUUUCUGUUUCUUCUGAAAAGGCUUUCUUUCCCCUUGCCUCUGCCAUUCUCUCCUUUGCUUUCAGUGAGAUUUUAUCUCUUCGUCUGGAAGAGUUCAUAGAUACAGAAUUUGCAGUUUUGCAGAUGCUUUGCCAAAUACAGCCUCUACCAUGCUACAAGACGUCACCAUCAUCCCCCUCAUCUUGACUCACUGUGGCUGUGAGUCGUGCUGGGCAGUGUCUAAAUGCGUCCUGCUUGUGUGUGAGGCCUCCAUAGCGCUGAGUGCCCACGGCUGUGAGCUGGCCUCUGCUUUCUGUUCGUGAGAUCCUCUGUUCUGUCAGGGCCAAAGGUUUCAGUUCUCUCUCCAGCUGCUCUGCCUAGAAUUAGCAGUGAUGUUAAAAACUAGUAAGAAUAUACAACAGUUUUAAAGCACUGUUGAUAAUGGGAUGGGAGGAGCUGAGCAGUAGGGGCAGAGCAAAGGAGUGAUUCUCAGAGCUUUACAGGGCACCACCUCUGCCAGCUGUCAUGGGAACCAUGGCUGUGUGAUCUCUUGGGGUUCUGAGUGCAGCUGAGGUGUCCCUGCAGUAGGUGACUUCAGACGGACUCUGUGACGGUGGUGAUGUGAGCUUAGGUGGGACAGCCUGAAUUGUGCUUACCUUAGCACUUCACUGCCUUAACUGAUAAUUUCCCCUCAACCACCAGAAAAAGCGUAUUUCUAAUCACAUUGCUCAACCCCACUUCUGAACAGCACAGCUUUUACUUUGUCUUAUUUUUAGAACCGUUCUGUUGAGAGAUAAAAUUUAUUGCUUCCUUCUCAGGAACACCUAGGGACUCUGAAAGGAAGAGAUCCAGGUAGCAACAAAGACCCUGCUGGGGACUGAGGUUCUUUGGAGAUAACAGUACAGAACAAGAAUGGUGGCAAGCAAAGAACAGAGUUUCCAAGUCAAACAAAAGUAAUUUCCAGAUUUCUGGACUUCCCACCCAGCAAUUAAAGCAUUAUAAUGGGCUUCUGUCCUAAAGUUAACUUGUAGAAUAUUGUUGAGGGUGCAAAAUCAAGUGCUAGAGUGUUAAGGAAUGUCCUUGUAGCCCUAGUUCAACUUGUUCUGGAUAUGUACUCAAGGUGUAAUGACUAAUUUUGUAAUUGUGUGCUACUUACCACCUGUAGCCUAGCCACAGGUAGUAAUUCAGCAGUGGUGAUUCUGCUCUUGGGGUUUUGUCUGUUCCUUAUUCUAAGUUGGAUCAUUUUAGCCUGUCUGCAAAACUGGGAAGAGACACAGGCAUGCACAUUAUGGUGGAAGAAGACAGGACUUUGUAACACAGAAUCUGAGAAACUCCUGUCUCCCAAGCUGGUGUUCUGGCCUUUGCAUGCUUGGGACCCCACUGCCAGAGAUUAAAUAGCCAUCACAGUCACCUUGCUCAGAUGUUGUGGCAAGGUGUUCUGCUUUGCAUUAAAAAUUGAUGCUGUGCUCUAGUUUCCAGAUGACUUUUGUUUGCUUGCCGUCUGGCUCAGCAUGAGCUCCUCUUGCUUCCUUGUCAUGCCACUCUUAACCCACACAAGCACCACCAGCCUGCCCCCAGCCAGAUCCUGCAACAGAGCAGGCGAGAGCACUGACAGCCAGAGCCCAGCUGGAGAGAAGUAGUGGUUUGAAUUACUUGUUACUUGGUACAAGGCAGAGCUCCUGUGCCACACAGGUGUGGUGGAAGGCCAGAACUUGCUUAAGAGGCCCUUUACUUGAUAGUCCUGGUUCUUGAGGGGUCAGUGAUCUAACCAAAAAUGUAUUCAUAUCAAUGAUUUUUGACAUACCAGGUCACAGACAAAGCAAAAGAAACUAUUUGAUUUCAGAGUGAGAAGAUUCCUCCUCCUUCUGGGAGCCAUGUGGCGUUAGGAGGUGGAGUGCAGAAGAGCUCUCAUGUUUCCCACUGUGUGAAGCUCAGCUGGGGGACUCUUCGGGAUCUGCUGAGACAAGCAGCAUGUCCUAACAAGAAGCUGCAGUGAUCAGCAUUUCCCUGGUGGGAGAAGGCUCCUCUCUUUAGUUGGGCAUUUGCCCUGCUUGCUGCAUUGUCCAUUCUGUUGGGAUUCAUAGGAUCAGCUCAGCAUUCGCUGGAGCUGCAGUCCCUGCAUUGGCACUAUCUCCAGCUGGGGCCUAGGCAGUCUGGCUCAACGGGGCAUUGUUUAUUCCACCCAGGAAUGUGCAGGCGAGCAGGGACCUCAGGGAGCUUUACAGAGCAGCAUGUUCCGCUCUGAGCAGGGAGAGGGAAUGUGGGUGGCCACAGCUCUGAAGGUUGGUGGGAACAGUCAGGGCAUGCUGGUGUGCAGGUAAUGUCCAAUGCUGAAGUGUGAGUGAGGGCUGUGCAGAUGCAUUGGGGCAUGGAGGAGGGAAGGAGGACUGUCCAGAUUGGAGAACACAGGGAGGAAAAGAGGGAAAACGUAGAAAUGUUUUACUAUACAGUUAGUAAGCUUGUGUUAGACACAAUGCAUUGACACAAUGGUGUGAGAAGCCAAGCAUAACUGCUGGUUCCUCCCGCUGUGUGCUGGGUACUGAUCCUGCAGCCUAGAACACAGCAAGGGCUGUAGCAGAUCUCUUGUCAAAGCCAGUCCCAGCAACUGGAGGGUGCACUGAGCUGAGGGGUAUCUCUGUCACUGGGAGUGGAUUGUGUUUUCAGUGAACAGACAUUGAGCUGUAAUGAGUGGAAGGAGGUAUGAAAAGACCUAGGUGAAAUGCAGAGUGUUUUUCAAUUUUUAAAAAGAUUACUGACAGCAUUUGUUUAAUAUUUUUAAUAUUAAUUUCUCUAAUAAUUUUGUGACAAGCUUGUCUUUUGUAUAUUUCUGGGAGUAUGACCAUUUCUGGUCUGCUGCUCAUGCAGGUUCUAAGAUUUUAUAGAGAUUGAGACAUCCACUGGACAAGAAUCCACUUGUCCUUCUUGUGCAAAUCCUGCGUGCCUGUGGAAGCCCACAUGGCAUAUUUUGGUCUGUUUGGUGAAAUGUUCAUUUUUCAGUUACAGUGCAGUCAUACCGUCCAUAGUCAGUUCUAACAGUGCUGCUUCUUGACUGAGAAGCUGAAAUGUAUUAUUUAGUGGAGAAGCAAGUAGCAAAAGCACCUGUUAAGUUUGGUUUCAUUGCUGCUUAAUUUGUGGCAUCCAUCCAUUACUGUUUUUUAUCUGAUGUCUGAGCAGUGCUUUGGGAUAGGAGUGGAUUAGCUGCCCUCAAACCCUUUGUGUCUCCCUUUUUACUGGGGCUGUUAAUACUUCAUGUAAUCAGCCUAAAUGGCCUCUUCACAUUGCUGCCUUAUCACUUAAGUGCUUAAAAUCCUUGCUUCAGCAUCUUUAAUAGUCCUACCUCUGUCUAAGUGAUGGUGCUUCUAGGACAUGCUUGACAAUUACAUUUGAUGCUGGUGAGUUAUUUGUGAUUUCUUACCCUGCGCUAUUUCAGCUGCAAAAGGAGAAGGGAUAGAAGUUGUCAGUCUGUGUGUAAAUGUCUUUUCUUGGCUGCUGUGACUUGACCCAGUCUGUGCUGAAGAUCUCAGAACAAUAUUGUAACAGAGUUAAUAGCUAUCAUUUCAUUCUGGUCCCUCCUUGCAUCAGCCCACGCUGGACCAGACACGCUCCAGAGCUAAUAGCAAAAUGGGAUAAGCAGUCUUCCAUGAAGGUAAUGUUAGUGUGUGCUGAGCGUGCAUGCAUGCAGACUGGGGGGAGUGAUUAAUGCCCUGGGAAUCCGCUCUCUGCCUUGCUGCACAAUGCUGUUGUGUCAGGCCCAGAGCUUGGCACCAGCAACACGUUACCUGGUUUGUGCAGGACCAGGCAGUGAGACAGAGCCUGUGUGUUCUCAGCAGGGCGAGUUCCUGCUGCGCCACAGCUUCAUACUUGCACAGUGAGGCUCUCUUUGGAUGCGGGUCUGCUGCUGGGCGGGGGCAGGAGUCCUGCGAUCCGCAGUCCUGACCUCCGCCAGCCUGAAAUCCCAGAGUUUGCUCAGUUGUGGCAGAGCUCUCCCUCCUUCCCUCUGACAGGCAAGGAUCACCCAUCCUUGAGGUGAGCAGUGCUUGGCCAGCUGUCAGGAGCUGUGACUCACAGGGGAUCACAGGCGGAGCCCUGCUCUCCUGGCAAUCUGCUUUUCCUACUGGAGCUUCUGCAUGAGCUGUUGCUGAAUGUUUGUUUCCACCAGAUCAGGGUGGAUAUGGGAGAAGCUCGGGUCCACUAUUAAGCCUGAAGAGUUGGACUCUGUAAGUUUCCAGUCUGGAAUAUGCUGGGAGGUUUCUUUCUGUAGGUGGGGGUUUGUAGAAAAUGUUGGCAGGCAGCACUGCAGGGAGUAAGACAAGGCCAAGGUCCUGGAAAACAUAAUAUUUUAUGUUCAGUUCAUGUCAUGGAGCAAGCAAACUCCACAAGACUGAUUCACUAGUUGCAAGUAUAGGGGCAUGCUGUCUAUACUCCAAUGGAGUCAGGGAGUGAUCUUGCUCUUCUUGGUACUGCUGAGGGAACAUGAGCCUGUUGGGAUUCUUUUUUUGGCAGUUUCAGAAGUUGCUUCAUGCUUUCUUAUGAGCUGCCUCUCGGGGAAUGCUUUGGACAUGAAUAGGUUAGUGAUUUAUUUUAACUGUAAUUAAUAUAUACAUGUUGAAACUAUUGCAGUCCUGCCUGUCCCUCUGUAUCUUCAUCUCACUGGAAAAUCUUGCACAUUUUAAUGACGAGUCCCCAGAGCUGUAGGUGUAUUAAAGGAAGUGAAACUCCUGUUCUCAUGGGUGGGAUCAGUGGCAGGGCUGUAUUCUCAGCCCCACUGAUCUUUUGCUAUAGCAAAGCAAGGGUUUGGGUCUGCAGCACACGUACUGUAAUCCUUGCAUACCUCUACCCAUUCUUACAUUACACCUUUUACAGAAGACACACAAGAAAUCUCACUGUAACAUCAUGUGCUCCUGGGGAAACUAUCCUAAGGCUGCAAUUAAUGCCUGCAGUAUAUUUUUCCCUAUUUGUCCAGUACUGCUGUGGAGUUUGUGGAUUAUUCAGAGUAUGGCAAGGAUUCCUAGGAGCCUGAUCUCUCAGCUGGCAGCCUGUCUGGGGGCUGGAGGGCAGCCUGGGUGCCUGCAAGGGGCUGCUGCUGCUGCGCCUGCUGCUGCUGCUCCUUUCCCAUGAGGACAUGCAGCAGCAUGCCCCAGCCACCCCACCUCAAACAGCACAAGGAUCCUUACUUGUCUUUAGUAUUUUCAAGCUAAUUGAUGGCUCUUCCGUCUUUUUCCCUGCUCCACAUGGUCAUGUUUUUAAUACUGUUACUCCUUCUGCCUCAGUAGGUUUCUGCUAUCCUGAACUGCAGCUCUUUGUGCUCCUGAUUCACUCCAGUCCAUUCAUCUCUUUUUGGUGGCAGAGUGCUGUCUGCUGCUGGAUAUUGGGCUCUUUGUUUGUACAGCCAGCACAAAGCUGGUGACAAAGGGACAGCCUGUGUCCCAAGGAGCCCACGUGCUAUGGGGAAGGCAGUGGAGAGCAAUAGGAGUGACGGACAGACAGGAUGGCAGAGGUGAGGGUGGCCAGGGGCACAGCGUGCUGGCUGCAGCAGAGGAAUGGCUGGGGGCGGGGAGAGACGUGAUGAGGAAGCUGUUCCUGCUGAGUACAAACCCGCUUUGUUCCCAGGAGGUGAGUCGGACUGGAUAAACAGAAUGGUCCCGUCAGCAGAAAGCCUUUCCCUGGCUGCAUCCCCCACUGCCACUCUCACUGGAAGUUGGCUACACCUCGUUAGCAGGGACUUAUUUCUCCUCCCCGUGUUAGCUUCCCCUCUUCCUGACUCUCCGGGGCUCAGGUGGGCUGUGUGUGGCUGUACGGAGAAAGGGUGCCCUUGGGAGGGCCGUGUGUUUGUGUUUUGUUGUGUUGUCACCGCGCUCUUUCUGCCCUUAGCUGGGCAGGGGGUUUGGCAGUCCGUGCUGAGAUGGGAUGGGUGUCACCGGCUGGGCGGCGCUUGGAGCGGGGCUGCUCACUGCGCUUGGAGCCGCUCUGGGAAGGGAGGAGAACGGGUCCCAUGGCAGGGAAGUCGUGUCCAAACGGACAGAACAGGGGCUCUACUGUGAUGUGGGAGGAAAGCAGCCUGUGCCGAGGGGCUGGUGGGGAGGACGCCGAUGUCCCAGCACUGCAGAGUGCAGGGCUCUGAAAGCAGCGCGGAGAGGUGUUGGCAGUGCUGUUCUGUGCCUGUAGUUGCAGUGGGUCGGGAACUGAAAGCAAACUCCCUGGUCUGAGGAGAAGGUGAGGAAUAAUCUUAAAGUUUCUGGUUGCUUUGGAUGGAUGAAUCUUCUUGUUCCCAUCCUGAGGAAUUUGGGAGGAGGCAAAGGAGAAGCUUAAGCUGCAGGACUGCUGCUGCCUUGGUGCACUGUAUUUCCUUGACAGUAAGGCUGAAAAGCAGAAAUUAUACAGGAGAAUGUCCUCAACAGCCACUUCCAGAGGAAGGGGGAAUCCGGGACAUAGCCCUUGAUGAGGAGGUCUUUGCUUGCUUUCAAGUCUUCUGCCAGGAGGAAUUUCAGCCUUGUCUCCCAGAGCCUUCGACAGGGUCUGCACCCUCAUCUCAGUCUGACUUCUGCCAAGAACUAUGGUUCAUCCCAGGGGAUAUCUGAGCCAGAUACCUAGAAGGCAGAAAGGAUAUUUCCAGUCAGGUCUGAGAAUGAGGAUGGUGGCAUGAGCUUGCCUGAGUGGACUUUGUGCCUCUUCCCUUGCUGGGCCAGAGCUGUGGUGCUGGUUCCUGUUGCCCUGAGUGGUGCAUGGGGAGGGGGAUUCCUGUGCCCAUCCUGUCAGAGAAUGCGUGGUGGGACGUGCAAGUGGGGGGUAGUGCUGGCUGCCCACCAGACCCUGUCAGGUCUGAGCCCUGCCCCACAUGUCAGGGAAAUGCUGAGCUUCCUCCCCUCCUCUUGCUUCCUUCCUGACUGGAAUUCACUUCCAAAUUUCUUGCUGCUUGUCCCCCGCCUCUUGCAACAUAAACACAUGAUCCUACAGAGAUAGCCAGAGGGGCAGGACAGGGCAGGUUAGACCAUGGGGGCUGCACUGCUGCAGCCCCUUGGCUCCUGCAGCACGUGGCGAGGGGUUCGCGGGGAGCUCAGGACAGAGUCUCCCCACAUCUGCCUCUGUGCUCAGGAAGGGUUUUACUUCCUGAGCCUAUGUGUGAUUAUUUCAGGUGUUUCUGGGUGCUGACAAACUUCUCACUGUUUUAGCCUUAGGCACUGACCUGCCUUCAGACGCUGCGCAAUGGAGGCUGGCUCCGUGGUGCGGGCUGUCUUUGAUUUCUGUCCCAGCGUCUCUGAAGAGCUGCCCCUCUUUGUGGGAGAUGUUAUCGAGGUGUUGGCUGUGGUGGAUGAGUUCUGGCUCUUCGGCAAGAAAGAAGGUGUCACAGGGCAGUUUCCUAGCAGCUUUGUUGAACCUGUGGAUAUUCCCCCUUUGAAGCAGGGAGAAAAACUGCUUGUUUGUACCAGUGACUUCACAUCUCAAGAGCCAGGGAGCUUGUCAUUGCAGAGAGGAGACUUGGUGAUCCUGGGGGGAUCCUUGGCCUCCAGCUGGCUCCAGGGCCGAAGCAGCUGGGGUUCCAAGGGCUUUUUCCCCUCAUCAUGUGUGAGGGAGCUGUGCCUGUCAGUUCGGAGACGUCAGCUGUCACAGAGCACUCUCCUGGAGGUGCCAGCCUACUCACUGGGCCAAGCCCGGGCCCUGAUGGACCUGUCUGCUCAGCUGGAGGAGGAACUGGACUUCAGGGAAGGGGAUGUGAUCAACAUUGUUGGUGUCCCAGAACCUGGCUGGUUUGAGGGUGAACUCAGAGGCUGCAGGGGCAUCUUCCCAGAGGGUUUUGUGGAACUGCUUACUCCUCUGCGAGCACCAGGAGUCUCAGUGGAUCCAGAGCCCACAGAGACUUGUGACACCAAUGGGACAGUAGAGGUGCCCCCCAAAGAUGACAAGGAGCCAGGGAGUACUUAUGGUGUUGCCCUCUAUCAGUUCCAAGCCCUGGAGUCCAAGGAACUCGAUUUUGAUGUGGGUGACAGGAUUCGGAUUGUAGGCAUUCUAGAGGAUGGUUGGCUGGAGGGGGAGCUGAGGGGAAAACGUGGCAUCUUUCCACACAGAUUUGUGAGGCUGGAAGCCUCUGAGGUUUGCAGGGAAAAGGUGAGUGCUGGGGAUCUGCAAGGUGGAGGCAGUUGUGGAUUGGCCAUCCAUCAAGAUCCAGAAAGCACUUGCUCUGAAACUCCUUCUUUGCCAGGGAAAGAUAGCAGGGAAAAGGAGGACGGCUUGGCUGCAUAUCCUGAGUAUGCCACCAUUUUGUCUCACAAGGCAGGGAGGACACAGGGUCCUCUUGGCACUGGCUUGAGACAGCACCAGGCCUCUCCCAGCACAGGACACCAAGAGCCACAUUCCGAAGGCAUGGUGGGCUCAGUCCCCUCUAACCACGCAAAGACAGUCAAUGGUGUUCUCCCCUCUGUUCAGCUGCCUCCCCCACAGGGCAACAGGCCUGGCCAAGCAGGUGAGCUGGAGCCUGCAGGGACCAUUUCAGCCACCCAAGGAAACUCAGAAACUCAACCCCGCCCUAAGCAUGAUGGAGACAGCCCCACUGUGCCCUUGCAGGCUCCUCACUUCCCCCUGCAAGAUCCUGGCCGGUCCCAGGCAAUUUCAUCUCCUAAUAGCUGGGCAACAUCCCAGCCCCAGGAGAGCCAAAGCAGGACCCAGGACCUAGACAAUUGGAUGGACAGUAAACUGGAGAAGUCCAAGCUCUGUUCCAGUUUAGGAACUGCCCAGGUGAACCUGGACACACGGGCUGGGAGCUGGGGGGAUUGCACUACAGCAGUGCAGGGGGACAGCUGCACGGACCUGGACUCCAAACUGACGGAGCAACUGGCCCAGUUUGAGAAGAGUCUGUCAAGUACUGGUGCGGAGCAGGACAAGGUCUCCCGUCACUUCUCUAUCUUGGACUACAGCUCUGAGAAGGACAUUGUCCGGGGGUCUCCUGAAUCAGUGUCCCACUCCAGGCAGGCAGAGAGGAGAAGGGCCCUGAGGCCACCCCCUCCUCGGCCCAGCAGUCUCACGACAGCCGCUGUGCACAUGCAGGGUGGCCAAGUGUCCAAAGGCGGGUCUCUGGCCUUCUCAGUCAAACCCUCCCGGCCUGCGCCCCGGCCUCCAUCCAGCACCCAGAGGAAAAAUGUGCCCCCUGCACAGCUUCAACCCAGCACCCCAGAGCAGCGGGUGGAGGAGGGACGUGAGGACUUGACACAGGCAGGAUCAGCCUCCUCCAGCUCCAUCCUGCUGACUAGAAUUGGAGAGGUGGAGCGAGAUCUGGAGGCGUACAGCAAGACCCGUGCCGAGCUAAGCCUGAUGCUGGAGGAGCAGCAGGAUGAGCUGGUGAGAGCAGAGACCAUGGAAAACCUUGAUUUCUGUGACUCCAACAUUGAGAGCCUCAGCAUGGAGCUGCAGGAGUUGAGAGAGAUGACUCUCCUGUCCUCCCAGACACCAUCCCUGGAGUCAUCCCCGGCUGCCACUGAGAGUGCAGAGCAAAGGAUGCUGGAGAAGAGGGCCAAGGUUAUUGAUGAACUUCUCCAGACAGAGCGGGACUAUAUCAGAGAUCUGGAGAUGUGUGUGGAGAGGAUCAUGGUGCCCCUGCAGCAGGCACAGAUGCAGAACAUAGACUUUGAGGGCCUUUUUGGAAACAUCCACAUGGUAAUUAACUUCUCCAAGCAGCUGCUGUCCACCUUGGAGGCUGCAGAUGCAAUCGGGCCAGUGUUCCUGACGCAGCGUGCAGAGCUGGAGAGUGUCUACAGGGUGUAUUGCCAGAACCAUGAUGAGGCCAUCGCACUGCUGGAAACCUAUGAGAAGGAUGAAAAGUUGCAGAAACUACUUCUGGACCUGUUGGAUAGCCUCAGGAGCCUGUACAGUGAAUGGGGUUGCACAAACUACAUUAACCUGGGCUCCUUCCUCAUCAAGCCAGUGCAGAGGGUGAUGCGGUACCCACUGCUGCUGAUGGAGCUGCUGAGUGCUACCCCUGAGGCUCACCCUGAUAAGGCACCACUCACGGCUGCUGUCCUCGCAGUCAAAGAAAUCAACGUCAACAUCAACGAGUACAAGCGUCGGAAGGAUCUGGUGCUAAAGUACAGAAAAGGGGAUGAGGAUAGCCUCAUGGAGAAGAUCUCCAAGCUCAACUUCCACUCUAUCAUCAAGAAAUCCAACCGUGUGAGCAGUCACCUCAAGCAUCUCACAGGCUUUGCACCCCAGCUAAAGGAUGAAGCCUUUGAAGAGACAGAGAAAAACUUCCGAAUGCAGGAGCGUCUGAUCAAGUCCUUCAUCCGGGACCUUUCCCUCUACCUGCAGCAUGUCCGGGAGUCAGCUUGUAUGAAGGCACUGGCAGCAGGGAGCAUGUGGGACCUGUGCACAGAGAAAGGAAGUGGGGACUUGGACCAGUUCCAGAAAGUGAAUCGUCUCAUCAGUGACCAGCUCUUCUCCAGCUUUAAAGAGCGGACGGAGCGGCUGGUGAGCUCACCCCUGAGCCAGCUGCUGAGCAUGUUUGCGGGGCCCCACAAGCUGGUGCAGAAGCGCUUUGACAAACUCCUCGACUUCCACAACUGCACCGAGCGAGCCGAGAAGCUGAAGGACAAGCGAACGCUGGAGGAGCUGCAGUCAGCCCGCAACAACUACGAGGCCCUCAAUGCCCAGCUGCUGGACGAGCUGCCCAAGUUCCUGCGCUUCGCCAAGGAGCUGUUCGCCAGCUGCGUGCGGGGCUAUGCCGAGGCACACUGCGACUUCGUGCGCCUGGCCCUGGAGGAGCUCAGACCCCUGCUGUCGUUGCUGAAGGUGUCUGGCAGGGAAGGGAACCUCAUUGCCAUCUUCCAGGAUGAGCACAGUCGAGUCCUCCAGCAGCUCCAGGCCUUCACCUUCUUCCCAGAGUCCCAGGCAGGUCCUAGGAAGACCUUUGAAAGGAAGAGCAUGGAGCGGCAGUCUGCCCGGCGGCAGCCCCUUGUUGGCCUGCCGACCCACUUCCUGCAGUCGGAUGACAUCCGAGCUGCCCUCCUGGCCCGCUAUCCCCCAGAGAGUCUCUUCCAGGCAGACCGCAAUUUCAAUGCUGCCCAAGACCUGGAUGUCUCCCUCUUGGAAGGAGACAUUGUGGGUGUCAUCAAGAAGAAGGACCCCAUGGGCAGCCAGAAUCGCUGGCUCAUAGACAAUGGGGUGACAAAGGGCUUCGUGUACAGCUCCUUUCUGAAGCCCUACAACCCCCGCCGCAGCCAGUCGGACGUCUCUGUGGGCAGCCACUCUUCCAACGAGUCGGAGCACAGCAGCUCCUCUCCCCAGAGCAACGCCACCCUGACCUUCAGCCCCGCUGGUGCGGCCGUCACCUUCACUCAGAAACCCCUGCAGGACUCUGUCUCUCCAGCAGAUGUGUACCAGUCCCCACAGUCCCCACUGGAGGUGGACUCCCCCUGUCUGCCCCAGCUUGGCUCUGGUGACAGGACAGCCCCACUGGCUGCUACGGUGACAUCUCAGCACCGCUACAGCUGCAGCCCCAGCUCUCGCAACGGGCACCCCACCAAAGCGCAUCUCAGACCCACGCCCUCGGUGGAGGACAGAGACUCUGGGCUGGAGAACAGCGAGUCAGAGGGCAACCAGAUCUACUACGCUCUCUACACCUUCAAAGGCCGAAACACCAAUGAGCUGAGUGUGUCAGCUAACCAGAGACUCAGGAUCCUGCAGUUUGAGGACAUCACAGGCAAUCAGGAGUGGUGGCUGGCCGAAGCCCACGGGAAGCAGGGCUACGUGCCCUCCAGUUACAUCCGGAAGACAGAGUACACGUGAGGCAGCGAACAGAGCCUGCACCCCAUGCCUUGUUCCUGCUGGGACUGCUAGGGUCUGGGGGAGGCUGGCCAGCCCUGCAGCCCCUGCUGCUUGCCCUUAAGGCUAUGCCUCUCACAGCUGUGCAGUGCUCCUGGGCCCCAAACACUGGCUGCCACUGCCCCUUCAGGGGAAGAAGAAGGGUGGGCUGUCCAGGUAGGCAGGAGCAGGCAGCGUGUGUGAGGGCAGGGGUGAGUUCAUCUCUGAGGUGUGUUUGAGCCUCCUGUGUUCAGCCAGGAGCAGGGAAGCAAAGCUUGGGGCUGUUGCCUGCCCAGAAGCGUAAGGCUUAAGUCAGGCUGAGGAGCUGCUAUGGAUUUAAGUUGUGGAAGGCUAAUGCUAAGUUUCUGGAAAUUGUCUUUAGUCAAGUAGUAUUAAAAGCAACCCAAACUUUGUGAAUAUGCUCCCUGUGCAGCAGGAGCCUGGUCUCACCUGUCUCUGCAGGACUCGGGGUGGGACAUUUACACACUGCCUGGGGAAGCAGCUUUGAGGUUUGCUGGGAGUAGUUGAGCUCCAGGCCUGGGAUGUGUAUGGCCUCUGAAACCCUCACAACAAAGCCCCCAGCAGGUGCCUUCUCCCAGGGGCUUGGCCUUUCCAGCGUCUGCCACUGCCAGCAGCCAUCAGGUUCUCAUCUUUCAGGUGAGCCAAAGGCCCAGAACACCUUUUUCAGUGCAGUAUUGGCUGUGUCCAGGACCCAUCUUUCACUGAUGUACCCACCUGGCUGCUCUGGGCUGGGACUGGGCAAAAGGCAAAGCACAGUCUGUCCUCCAGCCUGUUUUUGGGGGUCUAACCAGAAUUGCCUCACCUCUGCUUUCCUCCAUGGCACUGGAGAGGGAGGGUGCUGACAUUCUGGAUUGGCAGGACCAUCCAUGGGAGGGCUGUGGUGCCUUUUGCUGGGUUGGUGUGUGAUACUGCUGCUGCCAUGUCCUGAAGGGAAGAGGUUCUCUUCAUGGGGCAAUGUUUGUAUUCCCUGUACUGCUGCUCUGCAAAUAAAGAUUUGCCCUUGUGUAUAGAA